AGCCAACUUUACAAGAUGGCAGCGCCCACUGAUGCAACAUGUUUGAAAUAGUGUAAUCGUGAUAUAGGGGAUGAUAUUUUCAUCUAGAGUUUUAUUGAAACUGUUUGAAUCAUCAAGUCAUUUAUUUAAACUGCAGAACAAAAUGUCGACCACAACCGGCGCGAGAAUCAUGAAGCUGUGUGAAAAAGUUGUCUCUGAUCAGGUAGAUCAGGCCGUAUCCAGCCUGCUGCGGGGCAACAUAAUCGCCGUGCCAACGGACACUAUAUAUGGCAUAGCCGGCCUGGUGCAAAACUCAGAGGCAAUCAAGCGGAUGUACAACAUCAAACGUCGAGACGAGGCCAAACCCAUCGCUAUCAGUGUGUCCAGUGUUGCAGAGUUCAGCAAAUGGAGUACAUCAGACCUGCCUGAGGGUCUCCUAGACGCCCUACUGCCGGGCCCAGUGACGGUCGUCUUGGAGCGCUCAGAGGACCUCAACCCUGAUCUGAACCCCGGUACCGCGCUGGUUGGUAUACGCAUUCCAGACCAUCCAUUCAUCAUUGAGCUUGCCCGCAGGUGUGGAGGACCUAUCGCUCUCACCAGUGCAAAUAUCUCGGCUUCUAGGAGCACCCUCAAUAUACAGGAAUUCCAGGAGCUGUGGCCUCAGCUAGAUCUGAUCUGUGAUGGGGGUCAGUUAGGGGACACAGAGUUCUCAAGGCAAGGGUCCACUGUGGUUGAUCUGUCUGUCAAGGGAACAUACCACCUGGUGCGAGAUGGCAGUGCUAAAAAAGAGACUGUACAGCUUCUCGAGAAAUACAAGUUAGAAGCCAGAUGAUCCACUUCCUAAACAUGAGAGCUUUUUGUAUCACGUACAGAUGAGACUUGUUCUGCCAAAAAAAACAGGGCUUAACCCUUCACCAUUUAUAGAUAUGUAUUUUGACGCAUUUGUAGUCCUUAAGAAAAUUACAUUUAACUAAAUAUCUUUUUUACUCCAUUCAAGUUUUAAAGGCUUCAUUUAAAACCCCUAGUUAAUGAUGAGCAGCAAACAGCAUAAAACCUGAACAGACUGCGAGUUACUUGCAGGCUGUUCUGGUUUUAUGCUACUUGCAAAAGCUAUUUUCACUUUGCUUCUUAUGGGAGAAAGGGUAAAUGCAUAAAGUGUCGUCACAGAUUAGCGGUUGCAGUCCACACAGGCUUAUGCGGGAAAUCACUUUUUACUGUAAUGGCAUAUUUUGUUUAAAGGAAAUCUCUUUUAAAGGAAAAGCCUGUUAUGGCGGAAAGUGGCAUCCCUGAUCAGCCUGUGCAGACUGCUUUUGCUAAUCUUUUAUGAAAUUUUACACACAUUCUUUAAGCCCUAUUUUCCCAGAAUGAGUCUCUGAUUGUUGUACUGUCUUUAAUGCAGAUUUUGACAAUUAAAUUAUUUAACAGAUAUGCUGUUGACCAAAAAUAAUGAUAUUAUUAUGUUAGUAACACUGCCAUGAUUAUGAAAUGUAAUACAGUUGAAAUUUGCAUAACAUUCUAUUUUUUAAGUUAUUUCUGCAUACUUUUUGGCAAAUGAUAGAACAUGUAACUUGAUAUUGUUUAUGCUUUGUACGUAAUGAAAAUUGAACAGGCAGUAUUUAUUUGUGUAGGUAACCUAAACAUCUAAAAAAAUUGUCUCUGUGACUUUUUUUAGCUCACCUGAUCUUAGUUUACUCUGGUUCAGAUAUCGGGUUACCAAUAUGUCAAUCAUAAAUUUUUGCAUACUUCUUCAUGAAAUGUUAUCUCCAUAACCACUGGGCACAAUUUGAUAAAACUUCAUGGAAAUGUUCCGUGGAUAGUCCUCUAUUAUUUUGUUCAAAUCAUCCCUGUUUGUUGAUUAACUAGGUCAUUGGACCAGAUAACGUUUUAAACAUGAAGAUUGAAAAAAUAUCAAAAAGAAAAACAUGGAGCUAUAAUUAUUGUUUGUAACAUUAUAUUGUGGUUCUGUUAAACAUUUGUUUAAUUCCUGUGUAGUUUAAAAUGAUCACUUCACAUCAGUCUCAUAAUUUAUUAAGAUUUAUGUAGCAAAGUAAAUUAAAAAUCUGUAAACGACAAUGGUGUAAUAUUUUGGCAUGUAAAGUUGAAUUAUGGUUCUCUACCAAGUUUGUUCAAAUCUAGCCCUGCAUGCCCUGAGGGUAUUCUUGUUUUCCUUUUUAUGUACAUUAUAUAUACAUGUAUUGUUAAAUCUUAAGAAGUCCUCAUUUGAAGCAGUAUGUGCUUAACCCUUUGCAUGCUGGGAAAUUUGUCGUCUUCUAAAAUGUCGUCUGCUGAAUUUCUAAAAUUAGCAUUUUCUUCGAUUUUUAUGUCCCCCACUAUAGUAGUGGGGGACAUAUUGUUUUUGCCCUGUCUGUCUGUCUGUUGGUCUGUCUGUUGGUCUGUUUGCGCUAACUUUAACAUUUUGCAAUAACUUUUGCUAUAUUGAAGAUAACAACCUCAUAUUUGGCAUGCAUGUGUAUCUCAUGAAGCUGCACAUUUUGAGUGGUGAAAGGUCAAGGUCAAGGUCAUCCUUCAAGGUCAGAGGUCAAAUAUAUGUGGCCAAAAUCGCUCAUUUUAUGAAUACUUUUGCAAUAUUUAAGAUAGCAACUUGAUAUUUGGCAUGCAUGUGUAUCUCAUGAAGCUGCAUAUUUUGAGUGGUGAAAGGUCAAGGUCAAGGUCAUCCUUCAAGGUCAGAGGUCAAAUAUAGGUGGCCCAAAUCGCUUAUUUUAUAAAUACUUUUGCAAUAUUGAAGAUAGCAACUUGAUAUUUGGCAUGCAUGUGCAUCUCAUGGAGUUACACAUUUUGAGUGGUGAAAGGUCAAGGUCAAGGUCAUCCUUCAAGGUCAGAGGUCAAAUAUAUGUGGCCCAAAUCGCUUAUUUUAUGAAUACUUUUGCAAUAUUGAAGAUAGCAACUUGAUAUUUGGCAUGCAUGUGUAUCUCAUGGAGCUGCACAUUUUGAAUGGUGAAAGGUCAAGGUCAUCCUUCACAAGGUCAAGGUCAUCCUACAAGGUCAAACAUAAUAUAGGGGGACAUUGUGUUUCACAAACACAUCUUGUUUUCAAAGAAUAUUAUCAGAAUAGCAAACAGUUUGGAUCCUGAUGAGAUGCCACGUUCUGUGGCGUCUCAUCUGGAUCCAAACUGUUUGCAAAGGCCUUCAAAAUUCGGUUUCCGCACUGAAAGGGUUAAGGUGUGUAUUUGGUAUUUAAAACUGUAUGGCUGUUUUCAACCAAGUUUGCUUGGUCAUGUCCCUGAUAUUAAAAUUGGCCACCACCCAGGGAGGUUUCCUCAGUAUAGAGCAAAAACCUUUAAAAUAUCCUCUAAAGCCACAUGGCCCAGAGGUUUGGUACAGGGCACAUAACGUUGUAUGGUGAUCCAUCAUCAAGUUUGUUCAAAUCAUGUCCCUCAUAAUAAUAUAGUAAAAAUGUUAUGAAAACUAUCUGUUAAUAUAUCAGGUGAGCAAUCUAGGGCCUUUUGCUCUUCUUGUUAUUUGUAUGCCCCAUUUCGAAAAAGUGUGUAUACAUAAUGCUUUAUCUACCUCGUACAAUUUUCUUGGCCUGAGCAAGGUCAUUGGUGAGUCAGUGACCAUUAUUUUUGUUCAUAUGCUGAUUCAUUUCAAGUCAGUUAAGUCUUUGUGCUCUGAUGAGCAUGUGACAAAUAAGUAGAUUUUUAAUAAAUGUCAACUAAUCAUCUUUUGUAUUUUUUGCAGGUUCUUUUUUAUUUGUAUUGCUUAAAGAUCUAAUUGUAUUUAUUGUUAAAUGUUUAAUGUUCAAACUGGUCGAAGUUUGGGGUUUGGUAGCUCUCACAAUAUGUUUUAACCCACAGUGUGCUUUUGCAUUGACCGUUAUAUGGGUUGACCUCUCAUUUAUUGUCCCCUACCGGUGAAACCGGAGGGGACAUAUGGUUUGCCCUCUGUCAGUCUGUUAGUCCAUCACGCUUUUCUGGAUCCCUCAAUAACUUAAAAAGUUCUUUAUAUUUUUUCAUGAAACUUGAAACAUGGAUAGAUGGCAAUGUGGAGAUUAUGCACGUCAUUUCAUUUGUUUCUACGUCAAGAAUUCGGGUUGUUAUGGCAACAAAUAUAUUUAAAAAAAUACUGACAAUGGUGGAGUUUAACCGGUAGGGGACCAUAUUGCUUGGCAAUCUCUUGUUGUUUUUUUGGAGUGUUCUUCUUUUUCUCGUGUCGUAACUUGUGUAAAUGUUAUCACUGUUUGGCACUUAACAAAUGCCAAAUGCUAUACUGAUACCUUUCAAAGUCGAUGACCCCAGUUUUAUUCAUAUGUGUUAUUUUGUCCGGUGAUUUGUUCUAUGUUUACAUGUACAUGUAUACUUAUCAGCCAAAUGCCUCAAAUUAAGGACCAUUAUUUGUUAGUUUGUUUUGUUCGUGUUUCGCUGUUUUCAAAACUAUUUUAGUCAUAUAAGGGCAGUCAGUAACAUUUGAUUGGUCAUUGUCUGCUCGGGUACCACUUACAUGUACCCUGGGUACUUUUAAGUAGAGUUAAAUUUGCCUCAGGUAUGGAAAAUACACUAAAAUGUACCCGGCCAAUUACGGAAUACAAAACAAUAUCCUCUUUGAAUCAAACCUACCUCAGUUUUCUUCUUUGAGUAUGAGUUUAAAUAAUAUCGUGGCCAUUUUACAAAAUAUUGACAUAAAUAUGUACAUUAUUAAUUGGAAAAAAAUAAUCCGACAAAGGCCAAUGUAGCGUUAAAAUUCCCGGGUACAUUUUAGUAUAUUUUACAUACCUGGGGUACAUAUAAGUUAUUUUAGAGUACCCAGGGUACAUGUACAUGUAAGUAGUACCCGAGUCGCAAAUGACCAAUCGAGCGUCAGUAACCAACUCACACUUUUCCUGGGUUAGCUGGUUUACUAUUGCUAAGGUUGUCUUUGAUAUCCUUAUAAAUAUGUACACACAAACCUGCUAAGGACUGAUAGAUACUAUACAUUCUUGCUUUAACAUUUCAGUUGGAGAAUUUUCAGUUUGAGACUUGAUACCAUUCCUUUUCUAGCCUUUAAAUGUGAAAAUGUAACUUCAAAGGUGUUUUCAAUUUAAAUGUGUAAUUAGGUGAAUACAGUAUAACUGUAAACUAUACAUACCUGUAUAUUUGAAUCACAAAAUUGAAUAAAUGCAGUAAAUUUG